AUGGGCUGCAGGCGUUCAUGGGAUGCAGAUGUUCAUGGGCUGCAGGUGUUCAUGGGCUGCAGGUAUUCAUGCGCUGCAUGCGUUCAUGGGCUGCAGGCGUUCAUGGUUUGCAGAUGUUCAUGGGCACCAGACGUUCAUGGGCUGCAGGUGUUCAUUGACUGCAGGUGUUCAUGGACUGCAGGUGUUCAUUUGCUGCAUUUGUUCAUUGGCUGCAGGUGUUCAUUGGCUGCAAGCGUUCAUGGACUGCAGGUGUUCAUUUGCUGCAUUUGGUCAUGGGCUGCAGGUGUUCAUGGGCCGCAAGUGCUCAUGGGCUGCAAGUGUUCUUGGGCUGCAGGUGUUCUUGGGCUGCAUGUGUUCAUGGGCUGCAGGUGUUACUGGGCUGCAGGUGUUACUGGGCUGCAGAGGUUGCUUGUUAAUAAUAUAGUUCCGACUUUCGAUAUGCCAAUUGUUAAUAUCAAACAAGGUGAUUUGAAAGGUGUGCAGUGUAUAACUGAUGAGGUGGAAUAUUUUGCGUUCAAAGGUAUUCCGUACGCAAAACCACCGAUUGGACGAUUAAGAUUCAAGGCUCCAGAACCGCCGGAGUCAUGGUGUGGCUUGCGAGAUGCAUCACAGCAUGGACCUGUUUGUCCACAAUAUAACGAACGUAUGAACCGCUUCGAAGCUGGAAGUGAGGAUUGCCUGUACAUAAACGUAUAUUCCAAAUCUCUAUCACCUGCUUGCCCGCUCCCCGUACUCGUCUGGAUCCACGGUGGAGGAUUUUAUACGGGCUCUGGCGACUCUGAUUUCUACGGCCCGGAGUUUUUCAUGGCCCAUGACGUCGUCCUAGUCACGUUUAACUACAGACUAGAAGUAUUAGGCUUUCUAUGUCUUGACAACGAAGAUGUUCCUGGUAACGCCGGUAUGAAGGAUCAGGUAGCUGCUUUGAAAUGGGUUAAAAAUAACAUAUCUGUUUUUGGUGGCGAUUCCAACAACAUCACAAUAUUCGGAUGUAGCGCUGGAUCGGCAUCCGCAUCGUACCAUUUGAUAUCAAAAAUGAGCGCAGGUUUGUUCAAUAAAGCGAUAUGUCAAAGCGGAGUAUGUCUAAAUGAAUGGAGUUAUAAUAUAUAUGCGAAACAGCGUGCGUUCCAAUUAGGAAAAUUAUUAGGGAAGGAAACUGAUGACACGACAGAAUUAUUGGAAUUUCUAAAAAACGUUCCGGCUUCAUCAUUAGUUAAUAUUCAGUUACCGGCAUUAGAAGUAGAACAUAGGGAUAUAGCUGAUAAUAUUCUUUUUGGGCCUGUUAUUGAAAAAUCUUAUUUGAAUGUAGAAAAGUUCAUAACAGAAGCACCGCCCGACACGCUAAAAAAAGGAAAUAUUGCAAACGUACCCGUAAUAGUAGGGUAUACGUCAGGUGAGGGUAUUGAAACAGCCCGGAAUCUUAGUAAAUUAGUAGGUUUUCUUGCAAAAGUUGGUUCUGUCGUACCAAGAGAAAUCAAAUUGAAAGUUAAUUCUGCAGAACUCAAGGUCAUAGACCAAAAAAUACGCACAAAAUAUUUCGAUAGCAAAACAAUAAUUACUAGCGAAACACUGCAAGAUGUUGUUGAUUUUCAGACCUACAGUCUGUUCGCGUAUAAUAUUUACAGAUUCGCUUCAUACUGCACGGAGAUUAAUUCAAGUCCUGUAUAUUUAUACAAGUUUACAGCAGAAACUGAGAGAAAUUAUACAAAGAAACAUUACAAAAUGAACAGUGUGAAAGGAGUAUGUCACGCUGAUGACCUUCCAUAUCUCUUUAACGUUACCUGUCUAAACAUUCCGUUAACUGAAGAUUCUAAGCCCAUUAUAAAGAAGAUGGUUAGUUUAUGGACAACUUUUGCUCGAAAAGGGAACCCCACGGAAUCAUUAAAUAUGCCAAUUUGGAAGCCCUACACAAAUAAGGAAAAGAGCUGUUACGUUAUCGGAAAAACAUUCCAAAACUCUGAAAAUCUGGACGCUGGUCAUAUUAAUUUCUGGGAAGAAAUAUAUACGAAUGUACUCGGCACUAGUUUGGAAACCAAAUACCACAUCUAA